ACAACGAUCCGACAAGGCUUUUUCAAAACGAGACGCAAAACACCGAAAGCGCCUGUCCAACCCAAAUCCGCACAAGCCCGGCGCCGGAACCCGGAAGGAUGCCGAAGCAAGGAGGCAACCGAGGAUUUUGGCCAUGCUGCGCUCGCCGCCCCCACGCGUCCCUCGUCGCAACGCACUCGCACUCCUCCUCCUUCUCCUCCUAUUUAGCCAGCGCCUCGCGCCUCCCUUCCUCUUCCCUCCUUCUGCCCGCUCCAUCCCACGGCACACAGACCAAUUCGAAUCUCCCCACCACCACCACCCCUCGACGAACCGUCCCGAGUCUUCGCCACUCAAUGCAGCCUCCUUCCUCCGGCGGCGACGCGCGCGAGGCGGACGCGCUCCUCGCGCGGAGCGACUCCGCGGGCCGCCGCCGCCGCGCGUCGCCUGUGCAGUCCGCGUCCCCGGCGCCCCAAGGCUGGGGUGGCCCCAGGAGGCAGUCGUCGUUCCGCGAUGACGUUGGCCACGCCGCCUCCGAGACGUACCUCGUGACGCGCCUCACCUUCACCCUACUCCAGUACCUCGGGUUAGGUUACCGAUGGAUGACACAACUUCUUGCCCUUGCAGUAUAUGCGAUUUUACUUAUGCCAGGUUUUUUGCAAGUUGGAUAUUAUUAUUUCUUUUCAAGUCAGGUUCGUAGAAGUAUAGUUUAUGGAGAACAACCAAGAAAUAGGUUGGAUUUGUAUAUACCCAAAGAUAACACUAGACCCUGUCCAGUGAUGGCCUUUGUAACCGGUGGGGCUUGGAUUAUUGGUUACAAAGCAUGGGGUGCCCUUCUUGGCAGGCGGUUGGCUGAGAGAGGAAUCAUAGUUGCUUGCAUUGAUUACAGAAAUUUUCCCCAAGGAACAAUAAGCGACAUGGUUGCUGAUGCUUCUCAGGGAAUUUCAUUUGUGUGUAACAACAUCGCUAGUUAUGGAGGUGAUCCUAAUCAGAUCUACUUGAUGGGUCAGUCAGCAGGAGCACAUAUUGCAGCAUGUGCCCUCAUGGAGCAGGCAGUAAAAGAGUCUAGUGGACAGCCCAUUUCUUGGAGUGUUACACAAAUCAAAGCAUACUUCGGUUUAUCUGGAGGAUACAACAUCUAUAAUUUGGUCGACCAUUUCCAUCAGCGUGGUCUUUAUCGUUCAAUAUUUCUCAGCAUAAUGGAUGGAGAGGAAUCGUUGUCACGUUAUUCUCCUGAAAUUGUUGUCAAGGAGUCUAGUCCUCAGACUAUAGCUUUACUGCCUCCUAUUGUUCUUAUGCAUGGGACUGACGAUUAUUCAAUACCAUCAUCUGCCAGUCAAACUUUUGUAGACGUCCUUCAACAAGUUGGUGCUCAAGCAAGGUUACUGUUGUACGAAGGCAAAACACAUACUGAUAUCUUUUUACAGGAUCCUCUUAGGGGUGGAAAGGAUCCUUUGGUUGAAGAUGUCUUGUCUGUUAUUCACACUGAUGAUGCAACACGCCGAAAUAUAGCUUCAGCACCCACUCCAAGGCGCCUGGUUUUUGAGUGGCAAUUGCAGUUGGCCCGUCGAAUUAGUCCCUUCUGAUAUGUGAAUUGUGGGCGAUCAGUGUUUGUGUUACAAUAUUUCCUGAUGGAACCCGAACAAAGCACCAAACCUAAAAAGGGAGAAGGCAGGGUGUACUGAAACAUCAAAGCAGGAAAAGAUGAAGCUGAUGGUACAACUAUACAUCUUAUUUGUAAUAUCAUCACAUGGGGUUAAGCACACCAUCAAGGCCUGUCUAGGCAGGAUAAUGACAUCAUAGGAGACAGAGGAAGGGAAAGAUGGGAUUCAUAUAUAUUCAUAGCAUCAUGGAAAUCACUAUGCAAGUUCCAUUUCUCUUGCUGCCGUUGUCAGUUUUUGACUGCUGCCGGCUUGCUGCUCUUCA